AUGGACACCAAGGACCAAGACUCAGCCCAACAACAAUCAUCACCACUCCUCCCCAUGUCAAACCACCCACCACCAUCCAGACCCAGAACCCCAAUCCUCCUCAAACUAGAAACAAACCCCCCCCUCGUCACACCAGCUCAACCCCCCGAGACGACCCCCCAAGAAACCUGGGACUACCCAACCUCCCUCCGCCAACUCACCGCCCUCCUCCUUUUCACCCUUCAACUCCUCAUCCUCAUAACUUACCACCCCGGCUUCCUCUCCCUCCUCCCCAUCCCCGGCCCCCUAUCCAACCACCACUGCCUCCUACUAGCCGACACGAUCAUCACUUGUCUGGCAAUCAUAAUAUCGAGUUAUGUCCACUUUUGCAUCGCCAGCCUGGACUGUGAGCUACUAGAACAGGGUUGGAAGCCCGUCUACUUUUACAUCAUGGCCGCGGACGAGACGGUGAUUUUGCUGGCGGCGGCGAGCUCAGGAUUGGAGAAUGUUUGCUCGUGGGGGUUGUUUGUUGUGACGGUGGGGAGUUGGUCUGUGGGUUGGAGGUUGGGGGCGGUGGAGGUGUUGAGUAGGAGGUUGUUUAGGGCCGAGGGUUGGGAGUUUGGGGAGGAGGGGAGGGGUUUGCGGGUGGUGUAG